CAAAUAUGGCGUGUUGGAGGAAAGAUGGUUUUCUUGAUUUGGUGUGUAAAUAAAUUAAAUUACGUUAUUUAAAGUGCAUCCGGCGGCUUUAAUUUUCAUCCCACAACUUUUGGGGGCUCGUCCGGGAUGAGAAUAAGCCAAAGGUGCAGAAGAUGGUGUAAAUAGUUGUAAAUACGGGUCCGUGUUGGUGAAGGAUUUUUCACACGGCAAAGAUGGCGGCGCGCACUAAGGCGAAAUUAUGGUGAAAAUUCAAAAUUAAAAAAGGUGAAAUAAAUAAAUGUGAACAAAUAUAAAUAAAGAAGGUGAUAAUGAUUUAAAUACGGUGAAGGUGAAAAACAGGGUGAAAAAUUAUUAAUGACUAAGACGACAUGAUGAUGACGGCGGCCCAACCCUCGUUGGUCAGCAUUGAGGCGACAAUCCCACCGUUCUCAGGAGCAGACCCGACGUACCCGGCGGCAAGGUGGGUCGAGGAGAUCAGUGACAAUGCGGAGAUAUUCGGGUGGUCACCUUCCCAAAAGUUGCUGAUGGCGCGACGUGCUCUGACUGGUGUGGCAGGUCUGUGGCUCCGGAGUGAAAAAGUUUUUAAGACUUUCGACGAACUGCAGCGGGCUCUGCUGGAGGAGUUUCCCUACGAUGUCAACCCGAAGGUGAUCCACGAGCUCAUGACUAACCGCAAGAAGAAGCGCGACGAGAGCUGUUAUGAGUACAUGCUGGUGAUGAAGGAGCUGGGAAAGCGCGGUGGAUUUGAAGACUACGUGGCAAUACAAUAUAUAGUGGAUGGUAUCGAAGACUGUGUGAUACACAAAGUCAUGCUGUAUGGUGUCACCACAUAUCCGGACCUGAAGGAAAAGCUGAAAAUUUACGAGUAUAUGAAAAGAAAGAUGGAGAUGAGUGCACGAACGAGAAGAGGCGAACGACCGAUAGACGACGUGUCGGUAAAGCAGGACCCUGAACAGCAACAGAGCAGCGGAUGCGGAGACAAGUCGGUGGUGUCGGUAAAACAGCACUCGAGUAUGUUCGAGUACGAAGUCAGGAUGGACGAGGCCAACAAACGGAGUAAUGAUUAUUCGCAGGAAACAGAAGUGACAGCGAUAAAGAACGAAUACGAGAAAUGUCAACGUCAGACGGAAGUUGUAAAUAAUGUAAAUAAUAAGCAAGUUAUACAGAAUAAAAAGGAGAAAAGUAGCAAAGAGGUACCAAUAGAGCUGGAGAGUAUUAAGGAGGAAAAGAUUGUUGAACAUAAAGUUGAAGAGGUAUGUGAGACAAAGGUGGAAGAAAAAAUUGAAAAGGUAGUUAAAAAGGAGCAUUUUUCAGGCGAGUUUGCUAAUCUUGUGAAGAAGAAAGAUGGCCAAAAAAGAUAUGUAGAAAGACGAUUUCAAGAUGGUUUGAUGGAGAAUAAAAUACUUUACGAAGGGAACCAGAAGAAAAUGAUGGUUUCAAGAGUUAUGGAGAUAGCGAGAAGGGUACACGAGAAUGGUACUUUCUCAGCAAAGAUGAUGAAAGAAGCGAUGGACAAAGAUUAUCACAUACUUCGUUGAAUACAUGAAGCGAUGAUCUUUAUAGGUUUUUAUUUGUGUGAUGAUGAUGACGAUGAAUGAAUGACGAAGAAUGAGUAUAUUUUUAUUGAAGUUGUAUUUUAGUCUGGGGCACAUUUUUAUUUUCAAAGAAGUUAUGUAAGUUGUUGUUUGCGUUAGUUUCAGUGUUGUAAUGUUAUGUAUAUUUGUUUGUUCUGAAGUUUACAUAAUAGAGUUGUUAUAUUGUGUUAAGAAUGUAGUUAGUAAAGAUUUUUAUGUUGUUUAAUUUUCGAUCAUUGUAAUAGUCUGAGGGCAGACUAUCUGCAGGAUGGCCGGGUUGUAGGAGUAGGAACAUAGAGUAUUAGAAAUAAUAGAAGUGUUGACUAUGGUGUUUCCUUUUAUGAAUUGCUCUUGCAAAUAUG